AUGGAGAAUGGAGGGGCGGAACAACAAUUGGAUAACAGAAAUAAUCGAAAAUCCACAUAUAGACCGUCAUCAGUUUACAUCGAAAAUGGCAAAACGGUGACCGAAUUGUUUCGCUUAUCACCGGUAAUUGUGUUUUUACUUGGUUUUGUGCCACCAAUGACUGGUGCUUUUGCAGCUAUAACCACAGCUUUAAUUUUUCACAGUGAACAAAUUAGCAAUUACAACUGGCAAUGCGGGAGGGCCAGACUGCCAUCACUUUCACGAAUAAUAAAUUUACCACUGGAACGGUUACUUUGGCAGUUUUUGGUGUUUGUACACACACCUGUUCGAAUCGUUGAAUUAUUCACUGGUUUUUGUCGCUACGGACGUUUAAUGGAUGUGAACUAUCGACAUAAACGGUUUUAUGAAUUUGCUCGAUAUGUAUAUUUUUAUGCCGGCAAUGCAGAACUGUUCUUUAUGAUUGGUUUGUCGUUACUUGGUGAACGUGAAAACAUUCAGGUCCAUGUUAUACUUUUCUACAUAUUUGGAUUUUGUGGCAUUAGUUUUUUCACGGCAAAUCUUAUUUGCCAUCGACAUUCACUAUAUUUCCUUCCUCCAUAUGGUCGUCUGUCAUAUUAUUUGAAAUUUGCUUUCUGCACUAUUUAUUUGUUAUCUAUUCCUAUUUUGCUAACCUCUUUCUUAUUGUAUUGGAAAGUCUGUGUUACAGCUGCGUAUGAAGUAUUUGCGAUAUGUGAAUAUGUUGGUGUCUUCUUAAAUAUCGCUUACCACGGCUGUGCAUUUUACGAUAUUCGAUAUAAAGUGAUAUUUAGUGUCCGCCUAGUCGAAGCAGCGGAAUUUUCAUGAAACUACCCAAAUGCGAUCAACCGAUGUAAAAAAUAAGAUAUGUUCAAGUAAUG